AUGACACAUCUACUUCCCGCAGACGGUCGUGCAUCUUUGAACGAGGAUGAUAGGAUCUGCAAAGCUUCACAAUCGAUUGGAAAUGUGACAUUCCCAAGAUUGAGAGCUGAUGCGGGCAGUACCUUGGUCCUGCGAUAUCGUGAGGGCGGCCACAUUAGUCUGUCCUCUCGUCGACCGGAGAAGUUAUCGGCAGGGACUGUGUCCGUGUAUGGUACUUCUGAACCAGUGGCUGACGAGAGGAUCAUCAACGUCCACCUUGUGUGGAAUGCUAACGGAACAGGUGGAAAUAGCCAAGGUAGGCUCCUUGCGAGAGCUAGCUUCGAUGACGGGAUAUGCUUUGAGAAUAACGGCUCGCCGCUAUCAAUGCUAAGACAACACAAGUUGCCCCCUGAGAGCACACCAGAUACAGGUGGACAUGUGAUCUGCACCUUAAUGGCGCCGAUCCCCACUGGGCUGCGCAAUGGCAGUCUCUUUACAUUGUACUGGGUAUGGGACUGGCCAUCGAUCCAGCCAUCGACAGAUGAAUUGGGAAAAGCUGAACUGUACACAACAUGUAUCGAUAUCGAGAUUGGCUAA